AUGCAGACGCCAGCCAUGACCAAGUCAGAGGCUCGCAGCCCGGAACCGUCCUCGCUGCUCGAUGCUGAUGCCCGACCUGUAUCAGAAGACAGCAAUCAUGUACAGGAAACCCCGUCCGACGCGGUCGAAAAACCGCAAGAAAAUAGGGGACCGCCUCCAGACGGAGGCCUGGUAGCCUGGUUUCACGUUGCCUGCAGUUUCGCCCUCUUCUUCAACUCGUGGGGGAUUCUCAGCACAUUUGGCGUAUUCCAGACGCAUUACGAGUCGGGGGACAUCUUCACGGCUUCCUCGUCGAACAUCUCCUGGAUCGGCGCCAUACAGUACUGCCUGGCCAUGAUGACGGGAUUCUGGGCCGGGCCAGUCUACGACCGGGGAUAUCUUCGCCUGCUCAUUGUGCUGGGGAGCUCUGGCGUCGUUCUCGGCCACGUAGCACUCAGUUUCUGCAAGACGUAUGCCCAAGUCUUGCUCGCCGAAGGGUUCUGCAUCGGCAUCGGCGCGGGCUGCCUGUUUGUCUGCGCCGUGUCGAUCCUGCCCGGCUAUUUCACGUCCAAGCUGGGCCUGGCCAUUGGCAUCGCCUCCUCGGGGUCUGCCAUCGGCGCCGUCGUCUACUCCGUCGUCGCGUCCAAGCUGCUGGAGCAACUCGGCUUCAGCUGGAUGGUGCGCGUCUUGGGCUUCAUUGCCCUGGGGGUUCUGGUCGUGCCCGUCGUCGGCAUGCGAAUCCGGGCCCCUUCGCCGAAACGCCGGGGUUUCGUUGACCGGUCUGCGUUUACCGACGUGCCAUACUUGAUCUUUGUGGUUGGCACCUUUUUUGCCUCGUCGAGUCUGUCUACCAUCAACUCUUACAUAUCCUUCUUCACGGAAAGCAACAAGCUCGCGUCUCAUGACAUGUCGUUUUACAUUGUCGCCAUUCUGAACGCGGCAUCCUUCUUCGGUCGCAUCAUUCCGAAUUUCGCGUCGGACCAUGUUGGCCCGCUCAAUGUUAUUUUCCCGUGUUCCCUUAUCACGGGACUCUUGUCUUUGUGCACGAUGGCGGUUCAUUCCCUGGCGGGCGCCGUCGUGAUUGCCAUUUGGCUGGGGUUCUUUAGUGGUGUGUUUAUCGCCAUGCCUCCCGUGUGCUUUGCCAGCUUGACGCAGGACAAGAGCAACAUUGGGACGCGCAUAGGCAUGGGCUACAGUUUGGCCGGGCUGGGAUACCUUGCUGGAGCACCAGCGGCAGGGAGAGUCUUGCACUCCUCCGACUGGCUCAACUGGCACGCCUUGUGGCUAUACUGUGGACUGAUGUCUAUAGCUGCUGGCUUGACGUACUUGACGGUACGAAUCUCCAAGGUUGGUUUCAGGGUCUUGGUCAAGGGUUGA